UCCUAGCCGCUCACCGCAAGAAGAAAAGCCACCCGUUCGUCCCCCUUCCCCUACCUCCAAUCCUUUGCCCAGGAGCUGCCUUCAUCGCAGUCACGCCCCUUCCUUCCGAGGAGCUUUCUGGCUGCCUAAGCUGGUAGACCCCCUGAUUUAUUCCUCCAUCUCCGCUCCCUUUCGCCUCAUCUUCUCUUAGUUCUCACAGCCCCCUCCACCCCCACCUCCAGUCUGUCUCGCCUCGGACCAUCCGCUGCUCCACCCUCCGGCCCGGUAUCCUGCCUGUGCACUGCCACCAAGGAGAGCCCGGACGGAGCAGCGAGGAGGGGAGCAGCCGGGAGUUGGGGCUUCCCUCCUGCCUAUCCCUGGCCUCUGGCCCGGGACCGAAGCCACUUGAGCGAGCAGAGUCGUCACCUUGUCUUCGUUGCCUUCAGGGAGCUGCGGAGAAGGACAAAUAAGAUAACAGAAGUGAAAGAGCUCUUGUCUCCUUAGAAGAAAGGCUGAGAAACUUAAGAGUGACCAGUGGUUGGACUCUUGGCGGCGCUUACCCUGAACCUGAGUGUUAGGGGAGAGGGAAUCUGCCGUUGCGGUUUCUGGAGCUGCUCAUAAGCAAGAAUUCCCUAUCCUGAGCAAGGCUUUAAGCCUAAAAGAAAGCAGAAAUAGGUCAAGGGCAGCCCAGGUGCCCAAUUUCUCUCUCUCUUCACAAGGCACCACCAGCAAUAGAGAUGAGAAAUUCUGAAGAACAGCCAAGCGGAGGAACCACGGUAUUGCAGCGUCUGCUACAAGAGCAGCUCCGCUAUGGCAAUCCUAAUGAGAAUCGCAACCUGCUUGCCAUACACCAGCAAGCCACAGGCAACGGCCCUCCUUUCCCCAGUGGCAGUGGGAACCCAGGCCCUCAGAAUGAUGUGUUGAGUCCCCAAGACCACCACCAACAGCUUGUGGCUCAUGCUGCUCGACAAGAACCCCAGGGGCAGGAAAUCCAGUCAGAAAACCUCAUCAUGGAGAAGCAGCUUUCCCCUCGAAUGCAGAAUAAUGAAGAACUCCCGACCUAUGAGGAGGCCAAGGUCCAAUCCCAGUACUUUCGGGGCCAACAGCAUGCCAGUGUCGGAGCUGCCUUCUAUGUCACUGGAGUGACCAACCAGAAGAUGAGGACUGAGGGACGCCCGUCAGUUCAGCGGCUCAAUCCUGGAAAGAUGCAUCAGGAUGAAGGACUCAGAGACCUUAAGCAAGGACAUGUUCGCUCCUUGAGUGAACGACUAAUGCAGAUGUCACUGGCCACCAGCGGAGUUAAGGCCCAUCCGCCUGUUACCAGCGCUCCCCUCUCCCCACCACAACCCAAUGACCUCUACAAGAAUCCCACAAGUUCCAGUGAAUUCUACAAGGCCCAAGGGCCACCUCCCAGCCAGCAUAGCCUGAAGGGCAUGGAACACCGAGGCCCCCCACCAGAGUAUCCCUUCAAGGGCAUGCCACCCCAAUCUGUAGUGUGCAAGCCCCAAGAGCCAGGGCACGUCUAUAGUGAGCAUCGUCUGAACCAGCCAGGGAGGACAGAGGGGCAACUGAUGAGGUAUCAGCAUCCCCCUGAGUAUGGAGCUGCCAGGCCGACGCAGGACAUCUCAUUGCCGUUGUCAGCCCGGAACUCUCAGCCUCACAGCCCUACUUCUUCCCUCACGUCUGGGGGUUCCUUACCCUUGCUGCAGUCUCCACCGUCCACUAGAUUGUCUCCUGCCCAACACCCCUUGGUCCCAAACCAAGGAGACCACUCAGCUCACCUGCCUAGGCCGCAGCAGCAUUUCCUUGCUAACCAGGCUCACCAGGGGGAUCAUUACCGUCUCCCCCAGCCUGGCCUGAGUCAGCAGCCGCCGCCGCCGCCACACCAUCACCACCAUCACCAGCAGCAGCAGCAGCCAGGAGAAGCCUAUUCAGCUAUGCCUCGGGCUCAGCAGUCGUCUGCUUCGUAUCAGCCAAUGCCAGCCGACCCUUUUGCCAUUGUUUCCAGAGCCCAGCAGAUGGUUGAGAUUCUCUCAGAUGAGAACCGGAACUUGCGGCAGGAGUUGGAAGGAUGCUACGAGAAGGUGGCGAGACUGCAGAAGGUGGAGACAGAAAUCCAGCGUGUCUCAGAGGCAUAUGAGAACCUUGUGAAGUCAUCCUCCAAAAGAGAGGCCCUGGAGAAAGCCAUGAGAAACAAGCUUGAGGGCGAGAUUCGGAGGAUGCAUGACUUCAACAGGGAUCUGAGAGAGCGUCUAGAGACGGCCAACAAGCAGCUUGCAGAGAAGGAAUAUGAGGGGUCAGAAGAUACCAGAAAAACCAUCUCUCAGCUCUUUGCAAAAAAUAAGGAGAGCCAGCGGGAGAAGGAGAAACUGGAAGCGGAGCUGGCCACUGCCCGUUCUACCAACGAGGACCAAAGGCGACACAUCGAAAUCCGAGACCAGGCCCUGAGCAACGCCCAGGCCAAGGUGGUAAAGCUGGAGGAAGAGCUGAAAAAGAAGCAAGUGUACGUAGAUAAGGUGGAAAAGAUGCAGCAAGCUCUUGUACAGCUCCAGGCAGCAUGUGAAAAACGAGAGCAGCUGGAGCACCGUCUCCGGACACGACUGGAGAGAGAACUGGAAUCCCUCCGAAUCCAGCAGCGCCAGGGCAACUCUCAGCCCACCAAUGUUUCAGAAUACAAUGCCGCUGCACUGAUGGAGCUCCUUCGUGAGAAGGAGGAGAGAAUCCUGGCCCUGGAAGCUGACAUGACUAAGUGGGAGCAGAAGUAUUUAGAGGAGAAUGUGAUGAGACAUUUUGCUCUGGAUGCUGCUGCCACCGUAGCUGCUCAGAGGGACACAACAGUCAUCAGCCACUCUCCUAACACCAGCUAUGACACAGCUCUAGAAGCUCGCAUCCAGAAGGAGGAAGAAGAAAUCUUGAUGGCCAACAAGCGUUGCCUUGACAUGGAGGGCAGGAUUAAGACCCUCCAUGCCCAGAUUAUUGAGAAGGAUGCCAUGAUCAAGGUACUCCAGCAGCGUUCCCGGAAGGAGCCAAGUAAGACAGAGCAGCUGUCAUCCAUGCGGCCGGCAAAGUCUCUGAUGUCCAUUUCCAAUGCUGGAUCAGGCUUACUCUCCCAUUCUUCCACCCUGACCGGCACCCCCAUCAUGGAAGAGAAGCGGGAUGACAAGAGCUGGAAGGGGAGCCUAGGUAUCCUCCUGGGUGGAGACUACCGUGCCGAGUCUGUCCCUUCCACCCCCUCGCCUGUGCCGCCCUCGACUCCGCUACUGUCAGCUCACUCCAAGACAGGCAGCCGGGACUGCAGCACGCAAACAGAACGGGGAACGGAACCCAACAAAACCGCAGCUGUCGCUCCCAUCUCUGUUCCUGCUCCAGUUGCCGCUGCCGCCACUGCUGCCGCCAUCACUGCCACCGCCGCCACCAACACCGCCACCGCUGCCACCAACACCACCACCAUGGUAGCUGCUGCUCCAGUGGCUGUCGCUGCUGCCGUGCCCACCGCCGCCACCGCCGCCCCGUCUCCGGCGACCGCUGCUGCUGCUGCUCUUGCUGCCGCUGUUUCUCCAGCUGCUGCCGCUGCUGUUGCUGCUGCUGUUGUUGCUCCUGCUGCUGCUGCCGCUGCUGCUGCGGUUCAGCUUGCUCCAGCUGCCCCGGCUGCGGUUCCAGCUCCGGCUCCAACUCCAGUUCUGGCUUCAGCAGCGGCUCAGGCUUCUGCUCCAGCUCAGACUCAGGCACCAGCUCCAGCUCCAGCUCCAGCUCCAGCUCUGGCUCAGGCUGAGGCUCCUGCAAGUCCAGCUGCCGGGUCUGGACCACGUCGUUUGUCUAUACCAAGUUUGAGCUGCAAUCCAGAUAAGACAGAUGGCCCUGUUUUCCACUCCAGUACUCUGGAAAGAAAAGCUCCCAUUCAGAUCCUGGGACAAGAGCCUGAUGCCGAAAUGGUGGAAUAUCUCAUCUAAAUGGCCUAAUCAAGAGCUGCAGUUUAUCAGCAAGAAUGCUUUUAAUCAUUUUUCCCUUUUGUUUGUUCUUAUUUUGAGGGUGAGGACAAGGGUUGGGUGGGGGGAUGUUUUUUAAAGGGACUUUUUAUUGAAACAACAUAGUACUUAGGUAAUACCAUAUGAACUCCAGUCUGUUCUGGUACACUUAGAGAGUACCUCUAAAGCCAGAUCAAUCAGAAUGUGCUCUAAAGUUUAUUGUUUGGAUUUAUACAAAUUCUGGGACUGUUAAUAGCUGGAUAUACAUCAAUGUUUUCAAUGUGCUGAAAUUUGUUUAGCAUUUCCA